UUGAUCCAACCUUCUCUCUUGGUUUAUAUUCUGAUAUUAAGAUGUUGAUGGUUUUAGUAAUUCUGAUGGUUUCGCUGCAAGGAUGGGUGGCUCUUGGUUGCUUGGAGGAAGAGAGAGUCGCUCUGUUGCACCUCAAAGAUUCUCUUAACUAUCCCAACGGCACCUCCCUUCCCUCCUGGAGAAUAGCCCACGCCAACUGCUGUGACUGGGAACGUAUUACCUGCAACAGCAGUACAGGUAGAGUCACCAGACUCGAUCUUUGGAUCGUGAGGAAUCAGGAACUGGGAGAUUGGUACUUAAACGCCUCCUUGUUCCUUCCUUUCCAACAACUCAACGUUCUCUACUUGGCAGAUAAUCGUAUAGCUGGUUGGGUUGAGAAGAAAGGUGGUUAUGAGUUACAUAAAUUGAGCAAUUUGCAGAUCCUUGACUUGGAAUAUAAUAGCUUCGAUAACAGUAUUCUAUCAUUUGUGGAGGGGCUUCCAUCUCUCAAAUCACUAUAUUUAGAUUAUAAUAAACUGGAGGGGUUAAUAGAUUUGAAAGAAUCCUUGAGCAGCUUGGAGUACUUGGAUUUGGGCGGCAAUAAUAUUAACAAGUUGGUAGCCUCAGGAGGUCCAAGCAACUUGACUAUUCUAUGGCUAGAAAAUAUCACAACCUAUGAAAGUAGCUUCCAGUUACUACAAUCAUUAGGAGCAUUUCCAAACCUCACAACACUUUAUCUGGGAUCCAACGAUUUUAGAGGAAGAAUAUUAAGUGAUGAGUUUCAAAAUUUGAGCUCCUUGGAAAGUUUGUAUCUGGAUGGUUGUUCUCUAGAUGAACAUUCCCUUCAAAGCCUUGGAGCAUUGUCUUCUCUAAAAAGUCUGUCAUUGCAAGAACUUAAUGGCAUUGUACCUUCUGGAGGCUUCCUUGAUCUCAAGAACUUGGAAUACUUGGAUUUGAGUGACAAUACUCUCAAUAAUAGCAUCUUCCAAGCCAUCGGAACGAUGACCUUUCUCAAAACUUUAAUUUUGCAGAGUUGUAAUUUAAAUGACCAAUUACCUACAACCCAAGACUUCCUUGAUCUCAAGAACUUGGAAUACUUGGAUUUGAGUUACAAUACUCUCAAUAAUAGCAUCUUCCAAGCCAUCGGAACAAUGACCUUUCUUAAAACUUUAAUGUUGCAGAGUUGUAAUUUAAAUGACCAAUUACCUACAACCCAAGGCUUCUAUAAUCUCAAGAACUUGGAACACUUGGAUUUGAGUUUCAAUACUCUCAAUAAUAGCAUCUUCCAAACCAUCGAAACAAUGACCUCUCUUAAAACUUUAUAUUUGGGGGAUUGCAAACUAAAUGGCGAAAUACCUACAGCCCAAGGUCCAUGUAACUUAAAUCAUCUCCAAGAGCUAGAUAUGAGCGACAAUGAUCUUAGUGGUUUCUUGCCUCCAUGUCUGGCAAAUUUGACUUCCCUUCAACAACUUUAUCUCUAUUCCAAUCACUUGAAGAUCCCUAUGUCAUUGAGCCCAUUAUACAACCUUUCAAGACUCAAGUAUUUUGAUGGUUCAGGUAAUGAAAUAUUCACAGAAGAAGAUGAUUAUAAUAUAAGCCCAAAGUUCCAGUUAGAGUCCCUCUUUUUGAGCAAUCAUGGACAAGGUGCUGGAGCAUUUCCCAAGUUCCUUUACCAUCAGGUGAACCUACAGUAUGUGGAUCUUACAAACCUCGGAUUAAAAGGAGAGUUUCCAAAUUGGUUGAUUGAGAACAACACAUACCUACAAGAACUUUAUUUAGAAAACUGUUCUCUUUCGGGUCCAUUCUUGUUGCCAAAGAAUUCUCAUGUGAAGUUGUCAUUCUUAAGUAUAUCCAAGAAUCAUUUCCAAGGCCAAAUCCCUUCAGAAAUCGGAGCUUAUUUGCCAGGGUUAGAAGUCUUAAACAUGUCUAAUAAUGGUUUCAAUGGAAGUAUUCCUUCCUCGUUGGGUAACAUGAGCUCGCUGUACGAGUUAGAUCUGUCCAACAAUGUAUUGAUUGGCAGAAUACCAGAGUAUUUAACCACAGGUUGCUCUUCGUUAUACACUCUCAUACUUUCAAACAACAGUUUACAAGGACAGAUUUUCUCUGAAAAUUUUAACUUGAAGUUCUUAAGAUGGUUACAAUUGGAUAGCAAUCAGUUUGAUGGUAUCCCUGAUAGCUUAUCUAAUUGCUCCUCUUUGACAAUGUUGGAUGUCAGCAAUAACCAUCUCUCUCAAAUGAUUCCUGGAUGGAUAGGGAAAAUGUCUUCUCUUGAAUUUUUGGACCUUUCACGAAACAAUUUAUCUGGUCCUUUACCACCCAACUUUGGUACUUCUUCAAUGUUACAAUAUGUUUAUUUGUCUAGAAAUAAGUUGCAAGGACCGAUCGGAAGGCCAUUUUACAACUACUCUAAGCUAUUGGCAUUAGAUCUUUCCCAUAAUAACUUAACUGGUAGAGUUCCAGAAUGGAUUGGCAGGCUAUCGAACUUGAGAUUUCUUCUCUUGAGUUAUAACAAUCUCGAAGGUGAAAUCCCAGUUCAAUUAUGCAAGUUAGACCAAUUAACUCUAAUUGAUCUAUCUCACAACUACCUUUCUGGUAAUAUCCUCUCUUGCAUAAUAUCUACUGCUUUUUUCACAUCAUCAACCGAUGCCUAUGCUCCUGAGUCCUCACAACAAUCUUUGGAGUUUACAGCAAAGAAUGUAUCCCUUUCAUACAGAGGCAGCAUUCUCCACUACUUUACUGGAAUUGAUUUCUCAUGCAAUAAUUUCACCGGGAAGAUUCCUCCUGAAAUUGGAAACCUCAGCAAGAUCAAGGCAUUGAACCUUUCGCACAACAACUUGGUUGGACCAAUUCCACCAACAUUCUCGAGGUUAAAGGAAAUAGAGAGCUUGGAUCUUUCCUACAACAAAUUGGAAGGAGAAAUCCCUCCUCAACUUACUGAACUAUAUUCUCUAGCUGUUUUCAGUGUGGCACAUAAUAAUCUAUCCGGCAAGACACCUGCGAGAGUUGCACAGUUUGCCACAUUUGAGGAGAGCUGCUAUAAGGACAACCCUUUUCUUUGUGGACAACCACUAUCCAAAGUUUGUGGUGCGCCUAUGUCACCAUUACCAACAUCAACUUUAACGACCAACAAAGAUAAUAGUGGCUUCAUGGAUAUGGAAGUUUUCUAUGUGACAUUUGGGGUUGCAUACAUCAUGGUGCUGCUGGUGAUAGGUGUAGUUCUAUACAUAAAUCCAUAUUGGCGACGAGCUUGGUUUUACUUUAUUGAGGUGAGCAUCAACAAUUGCUAUUAUUUUCUAGUGGACAAUCUUCCCAUUUUAUCCAAGUUUGGAUUUUCAUAGCCUUGGUGCUUCAUUGUGUAUUCUAGUUUUAAGAUUUAAACAAGUUUAAAUGCAAUGUUAUAUUGAUUUUUAUUUC